AAACCAUUUUAAUAUUAAAUCUAUCAAAUAGUCAUUUGGAUUUGAACCCAAAUCCAAUAUGUGAAUUUAGAAUAAAAUUGCUUUUAACACAGUGCAACCAAAACGAGCUUUAGUCACCGAAUUUCUAUCACUGCGCUACAAAUCCAAAACUUGAAAAUUUGAAGAAAAAAAAUUGGAGGGUUCGUCACCAAUUCCCCGCCACUCUGCAACACAGACGCGCCCUCCAUGCAGCUGUCGCUGCCACUGCCGUUAGUAGUCUACCAUGGACUGCCUCUGUACCAUAUUAUCAAAGUUUUGAAUUACAGUUGAUGCACAUAACAUGUUUGAUGAAUUUCCCAAAUGAAAUUCAACAUGCAUGUCUUGCUCAACUCAGCUUUGAGACGCUGUUACCUUCAAACUACGACUACCCUCAAGUUCCAAUUACUUUCAGUGUCCAACUAUUCCAUAUUGCAGCCACUAUCUACACCACCCGAAUUGCAAGACCUCUGCAACGUUGUCACCAGCACUGUUGGUGGACUAGAUGAUCUAGAGUUAAGUCUAAAUAACUUUAAGGGUUCUUUAACUUCCCCUCUUGUAGCUCAAGUUAUUGAUUCCAUUAAACACGAGGCACACACUAGAAGACUGCUUAGGUUCUUCUUAUGGUCCAAUAAGAAUUUGAGAUAUGAUUUAGAAGAUAAAGAUUAUAAUUAUGCUCUUAGAGUUUUUGCCGAAAAGAAGGACUAUACAGCAAUGGACAUCUUGCUUGGAGAUUUUAAGAAGGAGGGUAGAGUCUUGGACGCUCAAACUUUUGGUCCUGUAGCUGAGAGUUUUGUUAAACUCGGAAAAGAAGAUGAAGCAUUGGGUAUUUUCAAGAACUUAGACAAGUAUAAGUGUCUUAUUGACAAAUUCACGGUUACUGCUAUUAUUAAUGCCCUUUGCUCUAAAGGGCAUGCUAAGAGGGCUGAAGGUGUAGUUUGGCAUCACAAAGACAAGAUUAAAGGGGUGCUACCUUGCGUUUAUAGAAGUAUUCUUUAUGGUUGGUCUGUGCAGAGGAAUGUGAAGGAAUCUAGGAGAGUUAUUCAAGAGAUGAAAUCAAACGGGGUUGUCCCGGAUUUAGUUUGCUACAACACAUUCCUCAGGUGCCUUUGUGAGAGGAAUCUUAGACAUAAUCCUUCUGGACUUGUGCCUGAAGCUUUAAAUGUGAUGAUGGAGAUGAGGUCUUAUAAGGUUUUGCCGACUACUAUCAGUUACAACAUCUUGCUUUCUUGUUUGGGGAAGACUAGAAGAGUUAAGGAAUCUUGUCAAAUACUUGAAGCAAUGGACAAAUCGGGCGUUGGUCCGGAUUGGGUCUCCUAUUAUCUGGUGGCAAGGGUUUUGUUUCUGAGUGGUAGAUUUGGUAAAGGGAAAGAGAUAGUGGAUCAAAUGAUUGAAAAAGGCUUAGUACCAAACCAUAAGUUUUACUACAGUUUGAUUGGUAUUCUCUGUGGCGUUGAAAGGGUAAAUCAUGCUCUUGAGUUGUUUGAGAAAAUGAAGGUAAGCUCAAUGGGAGGUUAUGGACCAGUUUAUGAUGUGCUCAUUCCAAAGCUUUGUAGAGGAGGGGAUUUUGAAAAAGGAAAACAACUUUGGGAUGAAGCCGCAUGUAUGGGCAUAACUCUUCAGUGCUCUAGAGAUGUUUUAGAUCCUUCAAUAACAGAAGUAUAUAAACCUAAAAGACCAGAAAAAAUCAAUGUUGUGGAUAGCUCAAAAGUCAAGUCUCAGAAGAAAGUUUCAAAUUAUCUUGAGAGAAUGAAUAUGCGAAAAUCUGCAGCGAGGAAGAAGAAAAUGAAAAUGAAAAAGAAAUCUGAAGACUCUUAAUCUGUUAUUUAUGUAGUCUUUGAGAACAAUUUAUUACCAGUGCUUGUUUAUAAUAAUAAUAAAUUAACAUUAUAUUACUGCAGGGUUGUGCUUAACUGCUUAUCAACCAUAUGCUCUAUCUUUUGUUGGCUUAAGUUCAUAUUGUACUCUACUGUAAUUAUAGCCAUACUGUAUUUUAUUAAUGUCAUCACUGCUUGUUUGGAUCUUAGACAACUCUCUAUCACUUUCACGAUUUGGUGGUGCCACCAACCAUCAACUCCAAAUCGAGAUUCUGAGAAAGCAAGUGCAAGAUUUUGAAAUCUGACACAUGGGUCAUUGUCAUUGAUUGGCACAUGCAAGUUAAGGAAAGAGACAACUCAGACAAGUAUAAGGUUAAUGUAUUGUGGGAUCCUUUUGGCGGCAGGAUAUUUUUCACACACGAUGCUUCCUGAUGACAUGCAUGUUAUGUAAUGUGUUGUGUUUCUUCUUAGAAGAUGCUAUGUACUCCAUAGAAGAAGAAAUGAAUAACACGCUGUUGUUGGAGAGUGCACAACAGAUCACUGACAACAAAGGGUCCAUUUGACAGAACGCCAAAAGCUGGAUUUGGAUUUUACUUUAGAUGCCUGUUUAAGGUCUCGAAAACAAAUGACUUUUAGUUUUUUUUUUUUAAAAGAAAACUAAAGAUAAAUUAAAAUAACACUAAAUAUAUCUUCUGUACGAAAAAUACUUGCAUGAGCACAAACAUGAGAAAAACUUGCAUGGAUACGCACAUAAAUCACAAGUGUUAGGAACAACCAAUAAGAAAAGAGAGAUUUUUAAAUUUAUUUAAAAUUUAACUUCUUUUUUAAUUAGAUUCAUGGGGUGGUUGUGAUUGAGUAGGAGAGAGAAAAAAAUAUUUUUGCUUUUUAAUUAAUAAAAAUUUGUGAUUGGUUGUUUGUAAAACCAGUUGUUAUGUUUGUGUUCAUGCAAGUU